AUGGGUACAUGUCAAAUAAAAGUUGUUGAGAAGUUAGCUCUGUUGGAAGACUAUUCAACUGUUGAUUGGUGUCAGUACAUGGUUGAUAGCUUGAUGACAAGGAAGCAAUUAUGGAAUCGGGACGACCGGUUUUGCUAUUACUCAGGGCCUAUUACAGUAUUAUUGCUGGAAAAGAUCGACGAGUCUGAGGUGAAUGCGAAUGCUCUUGGGAUGGGGCAUUUCAUCAGAAGAGAAGAUGAUGAGAAUGAAGAUGUUAAUGUUGAUACAUAUAUGGAGUUGGAAACAGUUGAGAGAGAAUUUGCAGAUGAGGAGGCAUAUUGUGCCAUAUUUGACAUCGAGUACAAUAAAGUAUUGACUGAAAAAGGAAGCAUGUCAAAAGCAUUAAUUGAAGGGCUGAAAAAGUUUCCUGAUAGUGAAAUUUUGAGAGAAAGGAUGACAUUGAUGAAAAUGUUGUUUAAUGAUGUGGGGAUUAAUGAAGAUGCAGUUGUAAAUGAAAGUGAUGGCAUUGAUGAGGACAUAGACACAGAUGAUGACAUGUUACAGAAAAAUGCACAGCAUGAUAAUUUUGGACAAGCUUCCGGGUCAAAUAAAAGUCCUGUUACACCAUACGGGACAAAAGAGAAUGUAGAAGACAUUGGGCAACACAGGGAAGGGAAAGAAGUUGCACAUGACUACGUGAUGCCUAUGGGUGAAAAUAACGAAGCAUGGGGCAAUAUAAAUGAGUUGAGUAGUUCACAAUUCUUUAAACUCCCUGGAGUUGUAGAUGAAGUGCUGGAUAUGAUGGAUAAAGUAUCAGGUGAUAAAAAGGUUACUUAUGUUGGAGAUAAUAAUUAUGAGGUUGAUAAGAGUUUAAAAGAGACAAUCACUGAGGAAAUAACUUUUACUGCACAAUGCUCAAGAAAUUUAUUGACUGAUCUAAACGAAUCAGUUGUUGUGAAGGAUAGAGGGAACAUUGAAAAAGAAUCAAAUGUGACUGGGAGAAGGAAAGGUAAGGUUACAAACUAUGACCGGUCACCAUUUGUGGAUAGGAUAACUCAGAACGAAUUAGUGAUGGACGAAACAGAACUUGAGAUUUCUAGACUUAAGGAGUUCACUUUAAUGCUUGAAAUGUUCAUUGGAAAUUUGGAUAUCAAAGCAAACUUAAGUGAUGUUCGACUGUCACUUGUGCGGGUUUUCUUCCUGAUAGUUGAUGUUGACAAGCAUUACCUGUUGUGUUUCGACUUAAAGAGGGGAAGAUAUUUGAUUAUUGAUCAUGUGAAACGUAUUGGUACAGUUGAAAGUCGAUAUGGAAAAAUACCAAGAACACUUCAACGGUUCUUUUGCAGCUACCUAAUGACACAAAACCAUCGAAUGCAUGUUGAAUUGUACUCAAAGGAAGCAAAAAUCAUGAGAGUGGUUUGGGAAGUCCGUGAUAUUGGUCCUGACUGUGGUAUAUAUUUGGUGAGGCACAUGGAGUGCUAUAAGGGAGAUCUAGAAGGGAAGUGGGAAAUAGGAUUUAAAGGAAUAAAACAUAGUGAUGUUGCGGUAUUAUCAAGACUGAGGUACAAAUAUAUGUAUAGACUGAUGACCUCGGAUCACAACCUGCAGAAAGACAUGUUGUUGGAAGAAGCUGAUAAGUUUUCAAAGCUAGAUAUAUUGCAGAAAAGUAUGUUGUUUGAUGAAGCGAAGGAGUUGGCAAAGAAUAAAAGAAAGAAGUAUAAAAAAAGCAAGGAAAGGGAAAAAGUGGCUGAAACGGGUAUAGUUGUAUAA